UUUUGCUCAACUUUCCAAGUGAAAGGUUGGUUUUUCUCUCCUCUGCGCGUGGAAAAGUGCAAUUUUCUUGAAGUGUGCGAUUGCCUGUGUGUUUUCGUCUGCCGAAGAAGCUGGCUUGGGACUCGCAGGAGCAAUUUGAUAAGGAGUGGGAUGCUGUCAUUGCCCUGACGAAGCGUGCUCAGUACUUGAUGUCCUCCAGCAGGAUUGAGAAUCUCACCCGGGAGGUCCGGGAGGCGAUCUACACGGCGGCCAGGGAUGGGAUGGCCAUCUUCCUGUUCGACAUGCUGUCCAGGAUCCGUCCGCGCGAGAUGCAGAACAUCAUUGUGAACCAGGGCUUCCCCACGGACCACGGCCAGUGCCUGAGCCCCUUCAUGGCGGCGGCGCUGCACGGCCAGGCGCACGUCCUCACGAUGAUGCUGGAGAAGUUCGACCCGGACGUGGAGGGCGAGUGUCCAGUGAUCUACGAUGGGACGCUGAUCGAGGGCGCCACGGCGCUCUGGUGCGCAGCCGGAGGAGGUCACCUGGAGUGCGUGAAGCUGCUGGUGCGCGCCAAGGCGAACGUGAAUCACUGGACGAAGACGCACUCGACGCCAGUGCGCGCCGCUUGCUUCAUCGGGCGGCUGGACAUCAUCAAGUAUCUGGUGGCGCGCGGCGCCUUCGUGGCCGUGCCGAACGUGUACAACAACACCUGUCUGAUGAUCGCGGCGCACCGCGGCCACACGGAGGUGGUGGAGUACCUGCUCGCCGACGGCAUGGAUCCCAACAAGCAGGCGCGCUGCGGCGCCACGGCGCUCCACUAUGCCGCCGAGAGUGGCCACAUGGAGAUCUGCGAGAUGCUGCUCGAGCGCGCAGCCGUGAUCAAGGAGAAUGAAUACGGCUUGACUCCUGUUCUCUUGGCGGCUGAGAAGGCGCACGGCGCCACCGUGGGCAUUUUCCUGAAUCACCCGGAAUUGCUGACUGUGGAGCAGAAGAUUGAGGCGCUGGAAUUGCUGGGCGCCUCUUAUGCGGCCAGUGAGAAGAACAGAGAGAGUCAGCUCACUGCCUUCACUUAUUUGCUCACGGCCAUGGAGAUGCGCCACGCUGAUCCAGACACGGUGCUGCGCAAGACGCUGGACGCCCCAAAUCCUGCCUAUGACAACUGGGUGGAGUGCCAGACUGUGGCCGAAGUGCAGGCGAUUCGCUUCAACAGCAACUCCAUGUCCAUGGAGGCACUGGCCAUCAGAGAGCGCAUCCUGGGCACAAAGUUCCCGGAUCUCGUGUCGCCAGUGAUUUACCAGGGCGCGAUUUGUGCGGAUCACGGGCGGUUUGAUCGGUGUGAGAAUCUGUGGCAUCACGCGCUCUUCCUGCGGCAGAGCAAUGGCAUUCCUGUGGCGAAGGAUCUGCAGCGAUUUGCGCAACUCUUCGCGCAGAUGCACUCCAUGCGAUUGCCACUGAGUCUGCCCAGUCUGAUCACUGUGCUGAGCUCGUGCGUGGUGGAGAUGGCCAGGGUGACGAAGAGGAUCAAUGCGAUUGAGUCCAAGGAUGAGAAUGAGGAGAUCAUCGAGGAAGUGGACUCGAACAUUCUCUCGGCGCUGUACUUAAUCUGUCUGAUCACGAAGGUGCUGAAGACCAGGAAGCCCGUCGAUCCGCAGGAUCUCAGCCAGGUGUACAAGCUGGUGCGCGAGGUGGUGAGCAUGGACAUGCGCUUCCAGGACGGACAGACUCUCCUCCAUUUGGCCUCCAACGCCUGCGUUCCAGUGGAUGAGUUCCGCACCAGGGAUUUGUGCGGUUUCCCAUGUCCGGACACCGUGAAACUGCUGCUGCACUGCGGAGCGCCGGCGAAUGAUGUGGAUUUUGACCGCAACAACGUUCUGCACAUCCUCAUCGGCACGGUCAGAGAUCCGCCACCGAGACACUCGAUUCUCACUGUGGAGUACAUCCUGAGUCGCCUGAUCGGCGCCGGAGCGCACGUGGAUGCCGUGAAUGAGUGCGGAACCACUGCCAGGGAGUCAACGCACUCCAAGCUCAUCCAGGGCAUCGUGCGCUCGUACGAGGUCAGGGAGACGCGGCUGGCGUGUCUGGCGGCGCGGCGCAUCGGGCGCAGCAGGAUCGAGUACAAGGGCAUCGUGCCGCGGCAUCUGGAGCCCUUCAUCGAGAUGCACUGCUCAGACAUGCUGUCGCGCAGCGACUAAGAACUGUUUUCUCUCAUCUUCUCUCUUCCUGCCAAUCUGUGACGGGUUUCUUCGCGACCGAGACUGUGAAUUGGGUUCCUGGCGAGCUUCCAAGGCGAGAGAUGCGCCGCGCGGCAAGUUGUCUCUGAACACUUUUAUCUCAUGAGUUGUUCUUUUUUGUCCAAAAUUUCGAUUGGAAGUGAAAUUUUGCGGAAAAAAUAGGGAAUUUUUCUCCUUUUUUUCUCUUUUCAUACAAAGUGUGUGUGAUAUAAGAUAUUUAAGUAAGUUUUUAUAAGGUUAUAAAGUGGAGGUUUUUUCAUUAGAGAGGAAUUUUAUGGUGCUUGAAAAAGUGGAGGGUUUUUUGUAUAAAUGGAAAAGUUAAAUGACAGUUUGUUUCUCGGACGUUUGUUAACGUGAUUUUUAAAGAUAUGAGCUUAUAAGAGAGUUUCAGACAUAUUUUUAGAUGAAAUAUUUAAAGAAUAGUGAAAAUAUUACUUUUCGAUCAAUUUUUAUACAAUCAAUCUUAGAAAAUUGAGAUGUGCCAAAGAUUCUUUCGACUUCUAAUAAAUUUUUUUUCUCAUUUCACUGUUGACAAAAUACGUAUAAAAUAAGUUACUUAAACAAGACUGCUUUUACGUAAAAAAAAAAUGACAAAGAGUUCAAUUGGUUGUCAAAUUUAAGUGAAGAACAUUUUAUAAAAAAAAAUAAAUAACUCUAAAUAAAAUGCCAGAAGUGAAAAUUUAUUGAAGACUUCCAGAGACUUCGUACUUUAUGUACACCGCAAAUGUGCACUGCAAUCUCGCCUUGGAAUGAUGGAAUGAUCUUAAAUUAAUCUCUAGAUUUUAUUAAGUGACACUUUUUUGUAUCUUCACACACUAGUUUUACGAGUUUUACUAUAUAUAAAAAAAAACAUUUAAAAAAUCAACAUGUAAAUGAUUAUUUAAUAACUUCGUUUGUGAUAUGUAACUAUUCAAUUAAAG